AUGCCACUUGGUGAGGGAUGGCCCGUGAUAGGGUCUUCGGUCUCUGGCGCACCAUCUGGGCAGUCUGACACCUCAUGGGUGGAGUUCUCUUGCGGCCCUAACGCCUGGGCGGCCAGUGAAGGACGAUUUGUCCCCGAGAUGAAUGGGCCUGCCGGGGUUGUAUCUGGAGGCGCCUCAUUCUCAGCCUCACCAGCGGCAUCAUCGCAAAAUGGGGCUGGGAGUUUCAGUGAUCCGGCUGUCAUCAGUUCCGUCCGUGCCUGGCCCGUUGGUCAGUGGCGCCACGUGGCCAUCGUGCUUAGUCGAAGUGGCAUACUCAAAACGAGCUUGUGUCGACUUUAUCUCGACGGGAAAUUGGUCAAUUCACAACGCGACAUGGGUCAUAUAGUUCAUUUAGAAAGAAGCAGCCCAAUAUGGGACGCUACUUUAAAUAUCUUGAAUAGUCGCCUUUACAAAAACUUCUCUACUUUUGGCAUGACUCUGCAUUUCGCAGGGAAAGUUGGUUGGAAGGAAUUCGUAUUGUGGUCUCACCGGAAACCGAAGGAGGAUUGUCGUGUAGGGAAGGCUGUUGAAUUUGAAAGUGACCAGCUGUCGAUUGGCUUUACUGGAAGAUUUAUGCUGACGCUGUUUCCGAGGACCUCCAGCUCUGAUGAUGUCCAUCAUUUGAUGGACGAAAGCUCAGGACGUUUUCACCCGAAACGAGAGAGGAAGUCUCGUGGACUGCGUCAAUAUGAAUAUCGUAUAAAAGCCAAACGGCUGCAGUACGAGUUUCAUCCGUCCUCAUCUGGUGAGAUCGACCAACGAAUCUCUUCUUCAUGCGCUUUCAUUCGAAAUAAAGGUCCCCUUAACAAUCUUAAUUAUAUCGGCACAUCAGCAUCAUCUACAAGUCUAUCAGGGUCUGGGGGAUACGGUGGCUUCCUGACGUCGAUCUCUGCGUUUGUUGGCACUCCGGCUUGCCUCCGGCGACCUGGUAGUUGUCUCCGCUGGCAUCAAGGUCCCUUCCAUUUAAUCGAAGAGAGCCUGGGCCCUGCUCAAGUAGCUGUGAUUCACGCACUCGGGCCUUCCUACGUAGGUAGUUUUCAGGCGGUCCCAAUCACACCAUGCUGUGAUGAAGCACUUCUGCCGUUGGUAUCCGAGGAGCGGCUGAUGUUCGGCAUUUAUGCCUCUGCAUUGUCCACAAUGACUGUAUCGCGUAUACGUAAAGUCUACAAUCAGACUGAUGCCAAAGCUAUUGCUCGUCAGGUAUUAAAUUUUUGUCAUGAAAUUAACCUGCAUCUAUUAGAUUAA